AUGCCUCAAGCAAACAAAAGAAAAAGAGAAACUGGAUCAACAGAAAGCUUUAAGGAAGCUCGUCAAACGAUUAGAACUUUAGAAGCUAGUCUGUCAGAUAAAUCCAAUUUAAACAACAUUGUUGACCUCUUCAAGUUUGCCAAAAGUGACAACCCACAAAUAUGCCAUGCUGCGAUCCACGCUCUCAAUCGUGUGUUCACUGUCUUUUUGAUGAAAGGUGAUUUAAAAAGAGUAAAGAACACUGAUCAACCAUCGGCCAAGGAGAAAGUACAGAUCUGGCUUCGUAGUCAAUACACUGAUUACCUUGCUCAUUUGCGAACCUUGCUUUGGAACGACGAACCUGGUCUUCAACUACCUGCUCUUAACAUAUUAAUGAGCAAUAUUAAAUCAGAAUCUGAAUAUGCCAUGAAUACAUCGGGUGCUUAUCACUUUGCCAACCACGUCUAUGGCCCGAUUAUCAAGGCUAUCGUCACUAACCCAAACUUUAAUGAUCAUCUUCGCAAGGAAGUUGUUGAAAAAUACUUGAAUGUCUAUGAUGAUCUAAGGCACUACUUUUUCAAAGAUGCAGCUGAAGUUAUGAACCGUGCUUAUCAAACUAAACAGUCCACAACAGAGGUUGAACAGAAAAAGAAAAAGCCCAAGUUUAGUGAAGAGGUACAACAAGACGACCUUGGAUUGAUGGCUGGUAAUGUCCUUUCAAUCUUGGAAAACAUUUCCACUAUGCCAACAGAUGCCUCGGAAAUUGACGAGUUUUGGACGGUCAACCCAGCACAAUAUGAGAAUGAUGAUAACAACAAGAAGACCAAAUCAGAGGAUGAUGAGAUUUUAGGUGAUGAAGGUUUAUUGUCUGAUGAUGAACAACCUUUGACAGAAGAAAAUGAUCAGAAAAAGAAAAGAAAACACCCUUUACUUCAAUUGACCGUUCAUCGUCGAGGAUUCUCUGACUGCUGGUUAGCAUUCUUAAAGUUGCCUCUCACAGAAGAAAUGUAUAAAAAGAUUCUGCUGAUCUUGCAUAAAAGAAUUUUGCCACACUUGGCAGAACCAAAACUGCUGAUGGAUUUCUUGACGGAUUCAUACAAUGUUGGAGGAGCCGUCAGUUUGUUAGCACUCAAUGGCUUAUUUACUUUGAUUGUAGACCAUAACUUAGAUUAUCCUGAUUUCUAUAAGAAACUUUAUACACUAUUGGAUAGAAAUGUUAUGCACGUCAAGUAUAGAUCUCGAUUCUUCCGUUUAUUAGAACUCUUUUUAUCUUCUGCAUACCUUCCCGCCACAUUGAUUGCUGCAUUUAUUAAGCGUUUGGCUCGUUUAUCCCUCACUGCACCACCCGCUGCCUGUGUGAUCAUCAUUCCGUUCAUCUACAAUCUCUUAAAACGUCAUCCUACAUGUAUGUGUCUCAUACACAGCAACAAAGCAAUCGAUAAUGCCGCCGCUGAUCCAUUUACAAUGGACAACCUGGAUCCUUAUGAAUGUAAAGCGCUUGACUCAUCACUUUGGGAAGUAAAGACAUUGUCUGAACAUUACUACGCCAAUGUAUCCACUCUCGCCAAGAUCUUUGGUGAACAGUUCUUGAAACCAAAAUAUAAUCUUGAAGAUUUCUUGGAUCAUACAUAUGCAACAUUCUUCACUACAGAAAUUGAUCGCAAGCGAAAGAAAGAGCCAGCACUAAAUUAUGAAAAGCCCACAGAAAGUAUUUGGGAACUUUAA